UUGGCGAAGUGUCGGACUAUUUGUGUUACCCAGUGAAAGUCAGUGGGCACAAAUCGAAGAUUCUAAUGAGUUGAUUCAAUAUAUCUGGCCGGUGCAUUGUUCUAAGAAAACAGUUUCUUUGAUCACAUGUCUCACUUAUAUGGGCUGACACUGAGGGAUGUUCAUCACAUUCCGAGUUUGAGUCGUCUGUUGCAGAAGCGCCCAUAGAUACUUCCAGGAAUCAAACAGGAAUCACAGGACGAUUUGAUUUUUGGGUACAACGUAGUGAUUUCAUAUCGAUAGAAGCAUUACCAACAUCUCUGCCCAUUGGAUGGACGCCAGUUUGCAGUGCUCCAGGUCUUCAACACGGACAUUCUAGUGACGAGGAAUCACAUUUGUUUCCUGAACGGCACUUGUGACAUUUAGAAACGGAAAAGUCAUUGCUAGCAGUCUUAAUCUGUGUAUCGUAAUUCUGGUAGUUAUUCUAGUGGCGGACGAGGGCGGUAAACCAAGUCGACACUGAAGGAAGUCGGCACAGGACACGUCCAACUAAAUACUGCGUGAAGGUGGAAGGUGGUCUGCGUGUCAAACAUUAGGAAAUCAUAUCCUCAGAGGACAUAAAGUAACAGCGAAGAACGUUACUUCAGUGUCAGUUUCUACAGUGACGGUUGAGAAGAACAACGAGUUCAUAAUAACUAGAAGGACAAUGUUUCAGUUACUUCUUGUUACCCUGAUGUCAAUGAUAGGAUGGGUUCGACCCACGACCACACCAUUCUCACACAUACCUGCACCCACGACGUCAGCCCUCCCCCACAUACCCCGACCCUGCUGCACACACAGUGUGUUCCAGGCGGUGCUCGGCGAAAUCGGCGGAGUCUACGUCAGUAAUGCAUCACAGGCCAUACCUAUUGACGGUUGGAACAAGCUAUUUUACGACUAUGACCGCAAGUUGAUGGCGCUGGAGGCCCAUGACAGAUCCCUUGGCCGGUACCAAACAGUCAACAUUGUGAUGGACUUCAACACGAAGAAGCAAUACAUCACAGACAACGGGAGGUGUACGAUUGUGGACAUCCAUGAAGAAAUGCAACACCCAUGUGUUCCAGGCAGUGCGACGUACCUGGGUUCCAGCUAUUUCGGAUACGGAGAGGAGAGGGUGGAGUUUGUAUCGUGGGAGUUUCCGACACGGUCAUCAGACGUGAUGGUCAAACUGACCGUCAGUUCCAGGAACUGUAUCCCCAUCACAGAGGCCAUGUACGGAACUCUUCGUGGAGUGAAGACAGCAGUCAGCUAUAGUUUUGCCGAAUUUCAACCAUCAAUACAGGACUAUGGAGUUUUUGCCAUCCCCAAACACUGCCAAAACAAGCAAACGAAGAAAACCCCCAUGGCUCGUCAUUCAAUCGAAGGAAUCAGGACGUUCCAACCAAAUUAAGAAGGAAGUCUAUUUAUCUUACGCUUAUCCAUAGCUUGCUCAUUCAGGGUGGCCACCCAUUAACCAUACCGAUCCCGCCCAAACGCACACAUUGGUUGAAAUAGUCCAUGUAUUUGUUAUUGAAUUGACUUUUGUUACUUGACAAUUUGAAUAUUUAUUCCUGAGAUAUUGUACAGACGGUGCAAUUGGUCCAUGUGCGUGUGGUACAUGACUGGUGAAGUGUGUGUGUGUGUGUGUGUGUGUGUGUGUGUGUGUGUGUGUGUGUGUGUGUGUGUGUGUGUGUGUGUGUGUGUGUGUGUGUGUGUGUGUGUGUGUGUGUGUUUGUGUGUGUGUGUGUGUGUGUGUGUUUGUUUUGUGUGUACAUAAUACAAAAUCAUUGUGUAUUUGUGUAAAACGUCUCAUAUUGUAAAUAAAGGAUACCAUUUUUAA